GGUGCCAAUGCUGGCUGGAGGACAACAGCGAGUCAAGCACUGGCGGGGACUGCCUGCCGCCGAAGCCGAGGGGGAGAUAAGGAGUGCUUAUCACGAUUCCCAUGGGUCGGGACCAGCUUGACGUAACUGCGUCUAAGCCGCCUGCUCCAGGCACCUAGAAUCCACUAUUGUUGCUCUUCCCAGCUUGUGUCGUCCAGCGGUUCAAGGCGAUAAACCACAUCCAAUACCCGACGAUUCUUGCAUCGCAGGCACCGGCAAAGUCGCCAGCCGAUCGCGUCAGCCAGGAGUCGGCAUCCGUCUCAUUCGAACGAGGGCGACGAAAGAAAGCCAGCCUCCCAGCAGCCUUGCCAAUCAAUCGCAGGACGCCAAAAUCAUGAACAUUCUCGAAUGGGCAUUCGGAAAGCGCAUGACGCCCGCCGAGCGUCUGCGCAAAAACCAGCGCAUGCUCGACAAGGCAAUCCGCGAACUCGACCAGGUCCGAGUCAAGCUUGAGAAGCAAGAGAAGACACUUAUCGGACAGAUCAAGCAGAGCGCGCAAAAGGGCCAGAUGGGAGCCGCCAAGAUCCAGGCCAAGGAUCUCGUACGGACGAGGCGAUAUAUUGAGAAGUUCUACGGCAUGCGCAGCCAGCUCCAAAAGAUCUCCUUGAGAAUACAGACUCACCGCACAAACGAACAAAUGAUGACGGCGAUGAAAGGUGCGACAACGGCCCUCAGCAGCAUGAACCGGUCGAUGAAUCUGCCUGCUCUUCAACGCAUCGCGAUGGAAUUCGAGCGCGAGAACGACAUUAUGGAGCAGCGCCAGGAUAUUAUGGACGACUCGAUCGAUGAUGCGAUGGAUGUCGGGAUUGAGGAGGAAGGAGACGAAGUGGUUGAGCAGGUACUCGAGGAGAUUGGCGUAGAUCUCAAUUCUGCUUUCGGAGAAACACCCACAGGGCUUCAGGCCGAGAAGGCUGCGGACACUCGGAUUGCGCAGGCCAUAGGCGGGCCCAGCGGAGGCGGCGGUGGCGGCGACGACGAUGAUCUCCAGGCACGACUCGAUAGCCUACGGAAGUAAUUAGAUGCUCGAGACCGGCGCUUUGGAGCUUGUGCGUUGGCCACGAGGACAACAUCGAGACCGGUGCUCCCAUGGCUGACGUUGGGAAGGGAUGCAUAUCUUGCUUGACACGUAGCACGGGAGUUUUGGGCAUCUUACAGCAAACGUAUGCAUGAAUUUCAGUCCAAUUUGUCACCGGUGA